AUGGGCGAUGCACGCUGCAAGAUGAGCCGCAGGUCUAGGCGAGAAGUAGCGCCGCCGGUGGCGGCAGCAGCGGCUACAGAUGUUGCUGGGUGUUUUGACAGUAGCAUUGCUGCCUCCGUUCAGAUUGAUGGUGCCAUGGAUGUGCCUCCGGAAGCCCAAGCAGAUGAGGACUCACGACUGGUGAGUGCAUGGUUGUACCACUCAAAUGACCCGAUCAAUGGAAAUUGCAAGAGAAAUGAGAGUUACUGGGCAGAUAUGAUUGAACUAUACAAUAGCACUACACCUGUCAAUCAUAAAAGAGAAGUAAAGCAUCUCAAAGAUCGAUGGCAAAGAAUUAAAAGAACAGUUGCAUAUUUCUGUGCCUCUUGGGCAAAGGCCACCUCAAUUUAUACUAGUGGAUAUUCAGAAGACCAGCUGAAAGAUAUAGCACUUAAAUUUUAUUCGGAUGACUAUCCUAAAAAAGGUCCAUUCACACUUCUGCAUUGUUGGAAGAUUCUUCGUGAUGAACCCAAAUGGCAUUCAAUCUUGGAGGAGCCUGAUAAGUCAAACAAAAGGAGUUUGGAUGAUGGAGACACAGUAAGACUAGAAGAUAUUGGAGAAAAGGAACAUCCAAUGGGGAGGAAUGAAGCUAAAAAACAGCGAAACAGCAAAGGAAAAUUCAAAGAUGAUGACCCUAGUUUACAUGAAGAUAUGAAGAAGUACAUGGAUAUUCAAGUUGCAGCUAGCAAAAGACAUGAAGAAUUUAUAGAGACCCAACAACGUGUUUCUGAUGCAAAAGUUGAGGCAGCAAGGCUUAGGAGGGAGUCUGUUUUGUUGGAAUCAUAUCAAAAAUUGUUGACCACGGACACCAGUCAAAUGGCUGAUGAUAUGAAAGCUGAGCACGUGAUAGGCUUGAAGAUUUUGAAGGACAAGCUACUAGGCAACACUAACUAA